AUGCAGCAAGAUGCAACGAAAGCCACGUCGAUGACCAGCACAUGCUUCUCACCGUGGAAUGCCGUUGCUGGGAUUGAUGGAAAAGCCAGCAAAUGGCACGCACGCGCUUGUACCGUUCAACUACAACCAACCCUCGCGUCGAAUAGCGCUGCGCCCGUCAUCAAGAAGCUCGAGGCUUCAUCACCCAUGUGCCUCUAUGCCGUCCUCGUGAGUGAGCAGCAGCAGCAGCAGCAGCAGCAGCAGCCCGUCGACAGACAAGAUGCAAGAUGGGCUGUCGGGCAGCCUGCAGUGCAACACCAGACCACCGAACAGACCACCGAACAGACCCCGGCAACGCUGGGAGCACGCUGCGAGCUUAGCUCGUAUGUCACCAUGGUCUCAUGGAUUGGGUCCAGCUAUGAUAUCCGUACCUCGGUCUCUGCAUCUCGGAGGCGUUGCUGCUCCUGCUACUGCUGCUCCCGGUCAAAGUUUGCCGCUUCGGCCGGGGAUAGGAAGACCGGUACCAAGGCGAGCGGUCCAGAGACCAUGGGUCCAUUGGAAAUGGUUGUUGGUCCAUCUACACGUCCCGAGAGCAAUGGGAAUUUCAUCCACUGCCGGCAAAGUCUGCAGGCCGUCCAGGCUCGGGGAGGCGGACGGACUUCCAUGCUACUGCAUUCGCCGCCCUGCGCCCUGUGCAAUAUCAUCAAAAAGUACCUCCCCCUUCACAGAGGCCCUGCCUCAUCUCGACGAGUCGGCCGCAAGCGGGCCUUGCGGGGGAGCGCAAUACGACAAUUCAGAGGAGUUGGAACGUUGAUGACUCGCAAGCCACAUGGCUCGAGAAAAGGAUCUUCCCUGCCUCCAUUCAUUGAGGCUAGACGACCGUUUGGGAAUUUCUCAGAAGGGAUAUCCCCCUCACCUCCAGCCCUGUCAACAGGAAUGCAGGCGGACUGGCGAAAUGAGCCCUUUGCUGCUAAGCCGGUCCCCGGACCCCUGCAUGUGGUCCCUAUAUCAGCUUUCUACGGACUCAAAAAAAAGAGCAAUAACAACGUCAGGAAUGGGCUUCUCGUCCGGCGAACGGGGCUUCUGGUGUAUCUCAAUAUUGCGACUCUAUACCAGCGGCUCGCUACUCAUAGGCAACGACGCAGGUUGAAUCUUGCAAGAAAGGGCAACUCACGAGGGUCCCAUUCAAUAUCGAGAGGGUACGAUAUGCGAGGCAAGGCACACUCAACGGAGGCUGGUGCACUACCAGUACCGCUGCAUCAGUACUCCAUACCAAGCACAAGCAUCAAGCAGAAGCAGAAGCAUCAGCACGAGUCCAUCUUGGGAGAAGCAUCUCUUCGAGACCAAAGCAGAAGAGCAUGCAUACUGGGGCCCCCCUCUAGGCUCUAUCAACCUAUCCCCAAAUCGACAACUGCAUCGUGGUCUUGGGUCUUCUUCCCCUGCCCUCUUGGCCUUUUUCAUCCCCAUCCAAAAAGCAAAAACACAACGCACCCCCUGAUGCCGUCUCUCAUCGGUGUGCUUGACGUUACACGGCACUGGGGUCUCAACUGCCAAGUCCCACCGAUCACCUGUGGCUACGGCCGCCACACGACCGCCGGUCUCGGGCACAUACUGCGAACGAUCGCCGACUAG